CGCUGUGAUGGGACUACAAAGCCGUUAGCGCUCUCCGCUUCCUCCUCUUCCAUCAUGGCUCCCUCCAUAGACAGGCAGGGAUACUGGGGGCGGCCCACCUCAACGCUGGAAUGGUGCGAGGAGAAUUAUGUCGUUUCUUUUUACAUCGCUGAGUUCUGGAACACUGUCAGCAACCUGAUCAUGAUCCUUCCUCCUUUAUAUGGAGCUGUCCAAACUUUUCGGGACGGCCUGGAGUUUCGCUAUAUUUGCUCGUUUCUCGGUCUCUCAGCUGUAGGUGUUGGUUCCUGGUGUUUCCACAUGACGCUCUUGUAUGAGAUGCAGCUGCUGGACGAGUUGCCAAUGAUUUACAGUACAUGUGUCUUUGUAUACUGUCUGUAUGAGUGCUUCAAGCAGGAAAACGGCAUCAGUGUAUUUCCUAUAGUAUUGUUGGUCAUUUUUAGUGUCUCAGUCACAUUGGUGUACUUGCAGUGGAAGGAGCCAGUUUUUCACCAGGUCAUGUAUGCUGCCCUGGUAGCUUGCCUGGUGUUGCGUUCUAUCUUCAUUGUGACAUGGGUGUAUCCGUGGCUCAGGGGGCUCUGUUACACAUCUUUAGGGAUCUUUCUGUUAGGCUUCCUGCUGUGGAACAUCGACAACAUCUUCUGUGACUCUUUAAGAGCCAGUAGAAAAAUGCUGCCCCCUGGUGUUGGAGUAGCAACUCAGUUCCAUGCCUGGUGGCACAUCUUCACAGGUCUCGGUUCCUACCUGCACAUACUGCUCAGUUUGCAGAUCCGAUCCACCUACCUCAAGCACAGACCGAAGGUUAAGUUUGUGUUUGGAGUCUGGCCCACGCUGCACAUUGAACCACAGAAGACAAGCUGAGAGGAGAAGAUGUCUACUAGCUAAUGGAGACUGCCAAAUAAGGCAAUCCUGGCAAAAAGAGCUGCCAGUUCUGCCUUUCUAAUGCUGGGGAACUGGUCCCAGUCAGCGGCUUGGUGAACCGCAGCGCUCCAACUUAGGGACCUUAGUACAGCAUAGCACUGAAUUAAAUGUCAAGAAACUGAAGAUUAUUUUUAUUGAUAAUAAUUUAUUAGACUAGUUUGUUAAGUUAUUUUAUGUGGGUAGUGUUUAUUUUUUAUUUUUCAUUGCAGUGAAUGAAUGACGUAGUUCACUUCUGUGGUAAAUACAGAAGGACUUACAGACAUUUCAUUGAUUUGAAAAAUUGUUGAAUAUUUCCAAUUGAUUCAAAAUUCUGUUUUAUUUAUAACCAAUCAGAUAAAUAAUCAAAUCGAAUGAUCCAUAAUAUAUAAAUUUCUCCCUUCAAAUAUGACAUUACCCUUAUUCAGGCUCAGCUCCUCAAGCUGGGUAGCUUUUAAUAUAGUUAUUGCCGGGGAAAAAGGAAAUAUACUUAUAAUGGAUUUAAUACAAGAGGAAAAUCCAUGUUAUAAACUUAGCUGAAGAUUUUUACUUGAAGUUUCCAUAAAAAUUAUUUUCCAUAACUGGAAUUCUGAUGCUUUCUAAAAAUCCCUAAUUAUGUUGCCAAAUUUGCACUUUUGUUUUUUGUACUAAGUACUCAUCCAAUGUGUGAAACGGUUUAACUGUUUACUUGCUGUAAUGUUUUAAUGAAAGUAACGUUCUAACACAGGUUUUAUUUCCCAAAGUCCCCAGAACAUCUGAGCCUCAGGUUUUUCCUAAGAGCGUCCUAAAUGAAGCAGCUGCUUAAUUGGAAUGACAACUUCUAGGCAUGGGAUGCUUUAUGGUACCAAGAUAAAGCGAUCUUUCAAAAUUAAGGUUUUAAAACGAGCUUAAAAUGUAGAAAAUUUCUGUCUAAUGCAGAGAAUGUUGAAGUAAUUUUCAUUGGUUCACACUGCUGAUCAGCUGGCUGAAAAAGAUUCAUGCUAGUGAUGGUCCAGCAGCUCCGAUGCCCCAUCGAGCUCACAGAGUAAAACUUCAUGUUGGUGCUCGGAUCGUUUGUAGAGUCUUAUGAGCGGCUUGAAACUGACUGACGCACUAAACUGUCAACGAGACAAAUCUGCCACAAAAAUCUCUGAUCUUUAAAGUUUCUUUAUCAAAUUCAUCAGGAAAUAUGGAGGGACCAAUGUUAGACCAUUUAGAUCUCGUAUUUGUUUUAAUUUUCUCCAUAUGUCAUCCUGCUCCUCUCAGUUAUCACUCAAGUUAUCUGAAUUUAAAUGAAAUUCAAAUCGACUUUUAGUUUACCGUAUUUACUGUACUUAUACUAGUACAUUAUUUAUUGAUUGCAUCUAAGCAUAUCAAAUAUAUUUUCACUUUAAACAAAGAUAUGAAAUUAUAGAAUAUGAUAUAAAAUGACGUAAAUCAUAUUAUUGUACUGGGCUGGAUGUAAGAAUUUUAAAGGUCCAGCAGGUGUCAGUAUUGACUGACUCAGUAUCAGUACAGUUUGCAAUGUAAAAAUAUGCUUCCUGAUGCCUCAUCAACCAUCGCUCAUUCAUAAACGUUAUCUGCAUGUGCAAGAAGAA